CGCUUUUAAACACACCACUGAAACCGCUCACAACAAGGAAGUCACAUACCGGGAUGUGUUCGUCUGUCCGAGCCAGAGCCGACGGUCAGUGUAGCAUCCGAGCAGACAUGGCCUCUCUACAGUAUCUGAACGCUUUUAUUUCUGAGCGGCUGAUCGCGGCGGCUGUGGAGAUUUUCGGAGCGGUGGAGAAAACGGUGAUAGAGUACCAGGGAGAAAUCAGCCGAUCCAAGCAGGAGAUUGAUCACCUGCGAACACUGUUGCUUUGGCCUGAAGUCAGAUUACAUAGAUCAGCAGCUCAUCAGGUAAGCCCUCAUUGCUGUGAUAAUGAGUGCUGCCAUGAGGAGGAGUGGGCCCCAGACGUGAGCCCGGAUCACCCGAGCACCCUGCAUAUUAAAGAGGAGCAUGACCAGAGGGCUGAUGAGCGAGGACCGUCCUGUAGGCAGCAGGGUGACACCACUGUGUCUCCUCAGUUGGUGAAAAGAAAAGGUCAUGAGGAGCCGCCCUCACACCUCUAUAGAAUAUUAACUGUUGAACAGACAGCAGAUAUAAAAGUUGAGCCUGAUGGUGAUGAGUUUAUAACUUCUCCAUCAACCAGGGAGGCUGAGAUCCCCCAUGGAGUAAAUCCGCAGUCUUCUGGACUUCAGCGAGAAACCCUGAUAGAUCUGCUUGAGAUCACUCAUCAUGAGCAGCAGUACACUGAAAAAGACUGGAGCCCCUAUCAGGACCACAAGGACACCGAUCCCUCUCGGAUCAAAGUGGAAAAGUUUACAUCAUCUAGUCCUCGGGAAGAGACUGACCUCGACUACGAACUCCCUCUUCAGUCAGAGAGGAGUGUUUAUGUUGAGCCUCAGUCUUCAAGCCCCAGCCACGAGCAGACUCUGACCAACAAAACAUUUCACACAGCAGAUGAAAAGACAAGAGACGCUGAAGCAGAAGGCUGCCAACAGUCCGGACUGACUAGAGUUUCUCAGCCCUUCUACUCCAUAAAUCAAAGUGAGUAUGGUGAGAAUGCAGAAGGUGUGGUAAAUGGAGAAUGGAUUGUGGCACUCACACCAACAGGAAUGAAGCAAAAGAAAAGGCAAAACUCGGACUUGUGCAGUGAAGGAAGAGAAAGUAUUGGAGCAGACGAAGACAUGAAUGAUCUCACCAGGGAGAGAAGACACACUUGUCCCAUCUGUGCAAAACGUUUUAAAGAGUCGAGCCACUUGAAGGACCAUGUGAGAAUCCACACAGGAGAGAAGCCGUACCAGUGUAAGGAAUGUGGCAUGAACUUCAGACAGAGUGGAGCUUUGACUUUGCACAUGAGAAUCCACACAGGGGAAAGACCAUAUCAGUGCACCGACUGUGGUCGGCGCUUCAAUCGAAAAGGCGACAUGGAGACUCACAAGAUGACACAUACUGGAGAAAGACCCCAUCUGUGCAUGGUGUGUGGGAAAAGCUUCAAAAGGAAGAGCAACUUACACACACAUCUAAAGAUCCAUGCAGAGGACAAAAUGGAUUACACUCAACCGUUGUGAUUGUUUAAAACUGUAGGAUCAUCCAGAUGGCAACCCUCUGGAGAACAAUUGUGUGUUGACUGGAGUGUAUAAUACAGUUCAUGAUACAUUUCUAAACUAACUGAAAUGAUCAGGAUUUAUCAUUUAACUCCCAUAUGAAACAAACUUCAAGGGCUGCCUUCUUCCAUCUACGUAACAUUGCAAAAAUGGACUAUUGCAAUUCCUUAUUAUCAGGCUGCCCGAAUAAGUCCCUUCGACUCUCCAGUUGAUCCAGAAUGCUGCGGCAUGUGUACUGACAAGAUCUAGGAAAAGAGAUCAUAUUUCUCCAAUAUUAGCGUCUCUGCACUGGCUCCCUGUAAAAUCCAGAAUAGAAUUUAAAAUCCUUCUCCUCUCCUACAAAGCUCUUAACGGUCAAGCACAAUCAUAUCUUAAAACGCUCAUAAUACCAUAUUACCCGACGAGAACACUAUGCUCCCAGGAUGCAGGGUUAUUUGUGGUUCCUAGAGUCUCCAAAACUAGAACGGGAGCCAGAGCCUUCAGUUAUCAAGCUCCUCUCCUGUGGAAUCAGGUCCCAGAUUGGGUUCGGGAGGCAGACACCAUCUCCACAUUUAAGAGUGGUCAGAAGGAGAAAACCAAGUCCCUGCUUCAAGAGGAUUCUGGCAUAAAAUGAAGAGAAUCCACCUUCAGAAUCACCUCAAGCGCUAGUCAAAGGCACGCAUUCUGUUGACUGACUUUAGUAUGAACAUAUACAACUUCAACACAAAACAAAUGAUACAACAAGAUGGUGCUGUGGAUGGCAGCCUCGGUGUUGUGCUUUCCCACCCCCUGUCACCCUCUCACUUAUCCCCACUGACCCCCAACCGACAGAGACAGAAGAUCAGGAAGGCACCAUGCCCACAAUGUGUGUCACCCUCCUCUCUGAAAGCCUGUGCUGACCAGCUGGUUGUCCAUCUUCAUACAGAUCUUCAACAGAUCACUGGAGCUGUGUGAAAUCCCCUCCUGCUUCAAACGCUCUGCCAUGACAUCUGAGGAAAUUUUUUUUAAAGUUUGUUUUCAGUGGUUUUGGUUGUUUUGAACAGCCUGACAGCCUGCAGAAUUGUUUUACCUCUGUUGGACUGCCUGAAAUCAGUGUAAGCCUUUUUUUUUUAUUGUGUUUAUCAUUAAAUGGUCCAUCUGCACCUGCCCUGCAUACCUGUCUGCAUUUGGGUCCUUUCCCUGCUACCCUGCUUGACAAAUUACAACAGAUUUAACAACACAGAACAUGUUAAAUAGCAUUAAUGUAAUAUUAGGUAACAGCACAAGGGCCAAUCCCAAACUCUAGAAUGUACAUUGUGAAAGAAACACCUAUGUACUUUAAGCUAAUAUAUACAGUUAACAUGGUUGAUUAGGUAAGUGCUAAUGAUGUUAGCUGUUAGUUGGGCAAGAUAACAUGUUAGUCCAGAACUGUAAAACAAUGUGUCAUAGAUAGUAAUGUAUGUAUAACCUAUCAUCUAAAAAUAAAACUGAAAACACUGUAAACUA